CAAUAAUAGUAAUAAUAAUAAUCAUUAUGUAUAUUCAAUAAUAAAUGAAAACAAUAAAUAAAUAUAGAUUAGAAAGAACAUCAAUUGUUAAAUUUGCAAUUACAAUUAAAUUAAUAAUUUGGAUUUAUUGUUUGAUUGUAUCACAGUUUUUAGAUAACUUUGAUAGUUCAACAAAUUUAAACUCAUUAUCACCAUUUAAUAGUAGCAGUGGUGGUAUCACAUUUAAUAGUACAGUCGAUGCAUCAGCCAACUUAAAUAGGGAUUUUGCUUCAGUCGAGACAUUAAAGAACCAUGAUGGAUCACCAAUUGUAAAUUUAUUAAUCAAAAGAAUAUUCGUAAAGUGGGAUAGUAUUUAUUUUAUAAGAAUUGCCGAGUUCAACUACGAGCAUGAGCAAAAUCAUGCAUUCUUCCCAUUAUUCCCAAUUUCAAUGAAUCUUUUAGCAAGAGUUUUAUCAUAUAUUACAUUUAGUUAUUUAUCAUUUAGUGAUUAUAUUAUCAUUUCCGGGUUUUUAAUAAGUAAUAUUUCAUUUAUCAUCUCAGCUGUUAAAUUAUUAAAGUUAGGAUAUAUUAUCUUCAAUAAUAGUGAUUUUGUUUAUACAUCGGUUUUGCUAUAUUGUAUAAAUCCAGCAGGUAUAUUUACAACAGCGAUUUAUACAGAAAAUUUAUUUUCAUUAAUGGUAUUUAGUGGAUUGGUCGAGGUUUAUGGAGGUGACUAUUAUUUAACAAGAGAAUUGGGAACUCACAGUAUGCCACUCAAAGAAAAGAUUAUAUCAACAAGUAAAGCAGCAAUUUAUUUUGCAUUGGCAACAGCAACAAGAGCAAAUGGAUUUUUAAUGUGUGGAUAUUUAGUGUACAUUUACUAUAGUCAAUAUAUCACACAUUUGGCAAGAUUAGUUCUUAGAUUUUCAUCACCUUUACUUUUAUUAUCAAAACGUUCAGGAAAAUAUUUAAUGAGACCCUCCAACUCAUUCGACAAAUUACCAGUUGUUUCAUCAGAUACCUCCAGCAUUUUAUUGGAUUUCAUAGUGUACCCAGUUUUAAUUUUAAUUCAAUCAUUCAUUGUAAUUUUGCCCUAUUUUGCAUUCCAAUAUUAUGGUUAUUCAAGAUACUGCACCACACCACCAGAUUCAAAUAUAACAGCAUUCGACUACUCUUUAAAUAAAAACGGUGAUUGGCCAAGACCAUGGUGUAUCGUCGAUCCAAAUAGUAAAUUUUCAUAUCCAAAUCUUUAUUCAUUCGUUCAAAACAACUAUUGGAAUCAAGGAUUUUUCAAUUAUUAUGAACUCAGACAAAUUCCAAACUUUCUAUUUGCAACACCAAUGGUCGCCAUAUCUGUAUGUUCUAUUGUCUCUUAUUUAUUUUACUAUCUUAGACAGCCAAAUCAAAUGAUCUACCCAACCUUUAAAUCAAGAUCUAAAAAUAUAACCGAAGAAAUAACCCACAAACAUUUCUUUUUCCUUGGCUAUAACAGCAAUACUUCAGAAACUAUAUUCUACACUCCUCACAUCUUACCAUUCAUAGUGUAUUUGGCUUUUCUUACUGUUUUCUCGGUUACUUUUAUGCAUGUCCAAGUAAUUACAAGAUUCUUUAUUCACUCACCAUUAAUAUUUUGGUAUUCUGCAAAAUUCUUUAUGAAAUAUAUCCCAACAAUGGUACCCUCCUCAAGUCCAAGAAAGAUCGAUAGAAAAAACUCCUCUCCAACUUUAUCACUAACCUCAUCUUCCUCUACAAUUACCCAGCUUGUUAGCGAUGAUCAAGAAAAAAAUUUUAAGCUUAAAAGAAAUUUAAUUUUAAUUUAUUUUAUAUUUUAUAAUAUUUUGGGUUCUGUAUUAUUUAUAAAUUUUUAUCCUUGGACCUAAAUUAUUUAAUAAAUAAAAGAAAUUUAAAAU